UUAAAACCUAAAACCUGUGUCUUGGGUUUUCUAUCCGUUGAACGUACGCGGUCCAACAAGAGAAACGCAUGAAGCGUCCAACAACUAAAGCACGAUCCGUAAAAGGCCCGAGCCCAACACACAGCCCUCUGCUGAAUCUGAUCGCGCGCGCACAUGGACCCCCAAGAAGCGGAAGCCGCCAUCCGCCUCCCCUCCGACGCAGCGCCGCCGCAGCCCCGCCGCGUGUGCCCCGGAUGCGACCGCCCGGCCCGGGUAUGCCUCUGCCACGUCAUCCCCCGCCCGCCUAUCCCGACCGCCACGAGGGUCGUGGUCCUCCACCACCCGCACGAGUCCCGCCACAAGCUCUCCACCGUCCCCGUCCUCUCCCGGUGCCUCCUCAACUCCACCGUCCUCCUCCACCGCAAGCUCCGCCCGGGGCUCUCCCCUCUCCUCGACCGGUUCCCUCCCUCCAUCUACCUCUUCCCGCCGUCGUCCUCCUCGUCCUCCUCCCCGUCCCUCACCCUGUCGCAGCUCCGAGCCUCCGAUCUCCUCCGGAGGGCCGAGCACGAGGGGCUCGUGGUGAUCGCAUUUGACGCCACGUGGAAGCACGCCCGGGAGAUGGUGAGCGCAAGCGAGGAGUACCUGUCGCGGUUCGCGGUUAGAGUUUGCUUGGACUUCGAUUACGACGAGAGCGUCGAUGGAGGGAGCAUCUACGAUUCGGAGUUGUUACUCCGGAAGGAGCCAUAUGGAGGGUGCGUGAGCACGAUGGAGGCGGUGGCUAGGGUUUUGAGGGUGGUGGAGACGAAUGGGGAAGAGGUCGAAGGGAGGCUGAUUGGGGUCUUGAAGGAGAUGGUGAGGUUGCAGGCGAGCUUCUUGAAGCCCGCGAAGCCGAGGAACAAGCUGUUGAAGAAAGGAAGCAGAGGGCAACAACAGAAGAAAAUGGAGCAGGAGCAGAGUGAACAGCUCCAAAUGUAAAUUCACUUAUCCACUCUUGUUGGAAGAAGAUGGGAUUUUGUGUAUUGGUUUGUUCAUUUGUUUUGGUUGUUUCUUAUGCUUGUUUGUUGCUAUCCCUGGGAUGAGAAGAAGAAGAAGAAGGAUGGAGAAGAAGAAUAUGAUGAUUAGUCAAAGGAUUCGCGGGCAAUGAUGUCUGACUGAGUGUAGUUGGCGACUGAUUUCAGUUUGAUGCUCAAGUCCUUUUUGCCAUCGGACCUACUUAAGUUGACCCUAAUUGUGAACCCCAGUCAACAUGCUUUUGGCUAGUUCAGCCUCCUGGUACGUUAUGAGUGUGGUUAAGCCGUUGAAUCUGUGUUAGUCUGGCGGAAUGUCAUGGAGACGGCUCGACAGAAUGUGUGUGUGGACUGGAGGGAUAUCGUUGGUGUGCUUGGUGAUGCGGAUUUGAUGUUAUCAGUGAUAAAUUUGAAGUAUAGGAUAGGUCAUGACUGAGUUGUUGUCAAGCUAAUAUCCUGCUGGGGCAUUUUGGAGACCCCAGUAGAGUUGGAGAGGUUCUUUAUCAUGUCCCCCAGAUGAAGGAAGAGGGACAUGUCAAUGCCGGGUCAGGCCGUGGAUAAAGGUUCUUCUGUAUAGGCAUUCUCAUGGCUGUUCAGAGGAAUUUGGUGCUUCCAAAAGCAACUAACAUGGAGCAGGCAUCUUGUUUAAUCUAAUAGUUCUCUAUCACAAAGUUAAUGCUCAGCGUCUUUCAUUAAGGACUGUUAUCUUCUAAUCUUUUACAUUGAUGCACAAUAUCAUCUCUGGGCUUUUUAAUGUUGAUUACCAAUCACAGAGCUCUAUUCGCGAGAUAUCUGGUGAUAUUGCUAGCUCAGAAUUGAUUAGUGCCUGAGUUUCAGUUCUAAACUGGUCUCAUUUCUCUCUGAUUGAAUCAUAUCACUGCUACAAGCUGUUAGGUAAGUUUUACAGAAAAUUUUAUUUUUUUGAGUGUGGAUACUGAGAUUCUAAGUAAUGAGGUUGCAAAAGAGCGCUGAUUCGGGCAUUUACUAUCACUGAAGGCUUCCUUAUGGUGUCAGUAGUAUAUAUUCUCAGGACGCAAUUUUCUUUUCUUACAAGAAUCUAUCUUGUGUCCCAUGAAAGGGAACCUAAAUGGUCACUGCACAGGUGGGAUGUCAGUUUCUUGAUUGUUAGAGGAAAUAGUGUAGCGUGUAAUUAGCAUCUUCGAUUGUUAGACAGACUAGUGUUGCAGGUAAUUAGGAUCCUGUGAAUGAGGAGCUUCUUAGAGGUUUUCAUAAUUGCAGCGAAAAUGAAGGGAGCCUUUCUGCCA